AUGGAUCCCAUUACCACUAUUCUCUGUAGUAUAGUGAUAUGUAGUUUAAUCUUAUGUAUUGCCUAUUGGUUUGCAGCUGCGGCCUCUGCACUUAUGGCCAUUUCUCGAUCUAUUCCACCAUUACCACCUGUUUUGUGGAUGCUUCUCACUGGAGCUCUUACCCGGGCUAUAUUAUCUACUCUAGCUCCUAUAGAAGUAUUAAAUUGUAUACUUUCUCUCUCUUCACCGGUGAUCUCUCUUGUCUUACCGGCUGUUGGAUUGGAAAUGGGAGCACAUCUCACUCCACGUACACUCGCCCCUUUACGAGUGGCAUUAGUGAAAUUUCUUAUUUGUUUUAUUCCCAUUUUGUUUAUUGGAAUGACUUUCUUGGGACGUUGUAUCUAUAUACUAUUAUUCUAUUUAAGCCCAUCGAAUAAUACUACUAUUAAUAAUACUAAUCAUAUUAAUAAUAAUAAUAUUAAUAAUAGUGAGGUACUACCUACAUCAUCUUUAUGGAUAUCUACAAUCUCAACAACAACAACAACAACAACAUUAUCAGUGGAGGCUCCAUUGUGGAGUUAUGCCGCUCUCUUCGCAAGUAUAGCCGUAGAGAGAUCCUCCAUUGCGUGUCUGGCGACUAUUCGCAGUACGCAUGCGGCUGGUGUGUAUACACUCUUUAUUCUCUCUGUUGCCGCCGUGCAGGAUGUCGUUGCGUUAUUAUUAUUUAUAUUCUGCGCGGCGAUAUUACACUCCGCUGGGGCUUUUUGGCGUGGAUUGCAGGAACUCGCAGAGACACUCUUCACUACAGCAAUAGCGGCAAUAUGUGUAGUGGUGGUGGCGCGUAUAUUAGGACAUUCACCAAUAUGGAAUAUCCUAUCAACAUCAACUAAUACUACUAAUAUUAAUAAUAUUAAUAGUAAUAUUAAUAGUAAUAGUAGUAGUAGUAUUAUUAGUAGAGGUGUUUAUAUGUUACUUCGAGGAUCUUUACUCUUUAUACUUUGUUUAUUACUUGCUGUGUGGAGUUGGUUUACAUCUAGUGAAUUAUUAUUAUCUGCUAUUAUUGCAGGAUCUUUUAUUCACGCAGAGGCCCCAUUUAAACCAUUGGAAUCUGCCAGUCAAGAGUUUCGUACUUAUUAUAAUGUGAUUCUGUUUACAUUUAUGGGAUUACGAGUGACAAUGAAAACAAGCAAUACCAAAAUAACAGACAAUACGAAUAUGAAUAUUAAUACGAAUACGAAUAUUAAUAGUUUACAUAUGAUGAAUACAAUUAAGAAUAAUACGAAUCUUAUUCCAAUAACAGGAACAGUCUUUCCUUCCUUCUCACCAUUGGGAUUAUUAUUAGCGGCUGUUUGUUUGUUUAUUGGUCGAGUAUUCCUUCUCUUGUUGGCAACCUACUGCGGGAUGACUGCCGUUGGAGAUCUUGAGAACUACAAACGAAACGAUCAUACCAACAAUAGUAAUCAUAAUAAUAAUAAUAAUAAUAAUAAUAAUAAUAAUAAUACUAAUAGUGAUAAUAAUAAUAAUAAUAUGAGUAAUCCCAAUAGUGACACGGCUGCCAAAAUGAUUACUAUGAAUUACAGCAGACGAACUUCACACACCACUACUACUACUACUACUACUAACUUUGCACCUUCCCCAAUUGCAGCUCUCAGUGGUAGUCCCAUCUCUCCUAUUCCUCUCACAACUACUAUACCAACAACAACAACAACAACAACAACAGGAGGAGGAAUAGGAAUAACAACAACAACAACAAUAACAACUUCUUCUCCUUCUGUUGUUAUUGUCUCUGCUGCGAUGGCACAUCAACGCGCUCGACUAUUUCUCGGAUUGUGUUUUGUGACACAAUUGGCUGUGGCGUUAAUGCUUAUACGGCGAGCUGUAGAGAUGUUUGGCCCAACAACAUCAACAAUAUCAAUAUCAACAACAACAAUGAUGAUAAUAACAGCUGAGGCUAUUCUUCCACUUGCCCAGGCGUAUGCUGGAUGUGUGAUACUCUCAUUGAUAUUUGGUCCUCUUUGUUUUAGUUGGGUACUUCAAAAGAUUGGAGAGGCGGGAGCUGCACGGAUGAUUUGA